UCGUUCCGACUCCGAACGCGCUGCGACAUUUUAGCGCUUCACAUUCUCCUCUUUCCCGAAUCUCUUUGUUUUCUUCGGAGCCACGAUUUUUGAUCGUUCGAAUCCCCCUACGAGAUUUCGAAUCUGGGGAUUAGGGUUUCGGUAUUCAUCUCAAGGAAGAAGAGAAUAGGCCGAAUUAAGAAGAAAUUUCUUUUCAGGGCAACAUUUUACAUCAUGCUAAAUAUCCGAAGCAAAAUAUACAAUUUUUCUCCUACUUUCAGUUAAGUCUCAUAGAAUAUCUGUGCCAACAUGGAGGAUUGGCCAUCUAGACCAACACAGUCAUCUAGCACUUUAGUGGCUCGUGAUGGCUCGUCAGAUGAUAGCCAUAACUCCCAGCUCUUUCCCGCCAUUCCGGCUUUAAGCGAAGCUGCUAUUUAUCUUUCACAGACGACUUCAUAUAUUACGCAAUGCUUCUCAGGCUUUCCAGAGGACGGUGUACUUGAUGAGGGCCAGGAAUUAGUAACACUAACCGGGGGACAGGCUUCCGAUAGUUCUUCGCCAGUGAAUUGGUCUACAAUACGUGAUGAGUCGAAUAACGCCAGCUCUGAUCCAUCUACACAUGGUGAUGAAGGAACAAGCUUUAGUGGAAGCUCUUCUUUGAGUAGAACUGAACCCAUGUCAUCCACUCGCUUUUUUCAAAAUCGUACUUCACUAUUUCAAGACCUGGUAAAUCGGGCUCGAAAAACUGUCCGCGGCUCAGCAGAUGACAUAGGAUGGCUACAAAGGGAUCUGGGCAUGCCUCCAGUUGAAGAUGGAACAAAGCGAUUUCUUGAAUUGCUUGAGAGCGUAAGGAAGAAUGAGCACAAAUUGCCCAAUUCGAUGGUCUAUUUGUUGGUUCCCGGUAUGUUUAGCAAUCACGGACCCCUUUACUUUGUUCGUACGAAAACGUACUUCUCAAAGAUGGGUCUAACUUGCCAUAUAGCCAAAAUUCAUAGUGAGGCCUCGGUCGAUAAAAAUGCCAGGGAAAUAAAAGAAUAUAUAGAGGAAAUUUACUGGGGAUCUAAGAAACGUGUGUUAUUGCUCGGACAUAGCAAAGGGGGAGUCGAUGCGGCAGCAGCCCUGUGUCUUUACUGGUCCGAUCUCAAGGAUAAGGUUGCUGGGUUGGUAUUAGCACAGAGUCCGUACGGAGGCAGCCCAAUUGCUUCCGAUCUUUUGCGGGAAGGGCAGCUUGGGGACUAUGUCGGACUACGGAAAAUGCUCGAGAUCUUAAUAUGUAAAAUCAUUAAGGGUGAUUUGCAGUCUUUAGAAGACCUUACUUACGAGAAAAGAAAAGACUUCUUGCGGAAGCACCCGCUUCCUCAAGAACUCCCCAUAGUCUCCUUCCACACUGAGGCCAGCAUAAACCCUAGCGUCCUCGCCACCCUGUCUCACGUCGCACAUGUGGAACUCCCAAUUGCUGCCUCCCUCGUUGCCGACGGCCAACCAACCAGGCUCCCGGUGGUUAUGCCGCUCGCUGCCGCGAUGGCCGCGUGCGCGCAGCUCCUGCAAGUCAGGUACGGCGAGAGGAGCGACGGCCUCGUCACAAGGAAAGAUGCGGAAGUGCCUGGGUCGGUAGUGGUCCGGCCGGCGAGAAAGCUCGACCAUGCUUGGAUGGUGUACUCGUCCAUGAAGGACGAGCCCGGUGAGGCGGAUACAUCGCAGGUGUGCGAAGCGCUCCUCGCGUUGCUUGUCGAGGUUGCACAGAAGAGAGGGCACCGGAUUGCCAUGAAAGAUGAUUGAGAGACUGGUACUGCUUUGUGGUUGGUUACCUCUCUAUCAUUUGCUUAAUAUAAUUUCCAAAUUCUGUUGAUGUGUUGUGUAGUUCUUUCACAAGAGGGAGCUAUGUGCUCUCCCUCCCAUGUUUUGUUUCACUAGAUUGAGAAAGCACCGAAACACCAUUAAUGUUAUUCCAGUGGCAGAAGCACUUUUUGCCUGACUCAUUAGAGAAAUAAAAGCACACCAAAUGACGUUGAUCAUAGCAAUGAAGAUCCAAAUAAAAUCACUCGGAAGAGAGAUAGAGAGGCAUAACGAAUGUGCGGUGUACUGCUGUCCUUUUAACACUGCUGGGCUCGGGUUCGGAUUCGGAUUCGGGACUAAUCCAAUUGAAUAUUAAUUGAUGUUUGUGUGCAUAAAUGCUUAUCUAUACAUGUACAACUGUUAUGGUGA